AUGUCUAAUAAUACAAAGAAUAAUAUUCCUAUUGAAUCAUUACCUUAUGAUUUUACAAUACCAGAUCAUAUUCUUGAUUAUGAAGGUAUCAAGUUGGAUGACAAGUUAAUUUCUCCUAGAACAGAAAUUGUGACAUCUAUUACAGAUCAUCUAGAUAAAAAUGGUACAUUACUCUUAAACUCAGCUCCAAAAACCGGAAAGACACAUAUUGCUCAAUUUGUUGAAAAGGAGUUGAUAAGAUCGAAGCCAAUGGCCUAUAUAAGAAGGUUUUCAUUCAAAUGGCCGUCAUCACGAUCAGAGUCCUCCGCUUCUUCAAGUGAACAAGACUUUAUCAAUCUAUGGGUUCAGUACACUGGAAUGUCUUUCAGUGAUUGGAUGACCCUAUCGGAUAGUCACCCAGUAUACUUGAUCAUCGAUGAAGUUCAUAAGCUCUAUGAUAGCAGACAUCGAUUUCAUUCGUUAUUCUGGCCAUUGAUUGUAGCUAAGAAAACAGCUCACAUCUUUUUGUUGGCCGGAUAUGAUGUAUUGGUUGAAUUAGAAUUUCCAUUCGAUCUCGAGAGUAUCAUUUCUAAACAGUUUAAUUCUAUGAGUUUACUUCUAAGUGAGAAUGCAUACCUUGACCUCAUCGGUAGUUUCGAAUCGCUACAUUCAGUGACAUUCCCGAAUACAAUCAUCGACAAGAUCUGGUGUGAUACAAACGGACAUGUUGGAUUGAUCAGGAGUAUACUUGAGUACAUUUCAACUGACAACAAACUUUUACAAGCUAUGAAAUCAGUUGUAUCUAUCAAACAAUUAGAGUCUACAUUGUUUAUGUUUUUAAUCUCAAGUGACUAUAGUGAGCUAGUUAAAAACACAAGUGCAGCUCCUACUCUGUCAAACUUUAAUAACCAAUGUCAUAUCGAUGAUCAACCACAUUGGGGAUUUCUGGAUGUUGUAAUAAGUGGCAUUGAAAUAUCUUCGUAUCGGUCACCGGCAAUCGAGGUGUUCAGGCUAGGUUACCUCAUCACCGUACCCAUCAAACCAAGGAUCGAGCCGAAAAUCGAGCCUACUGCUUCCGAUGGAGUCAAGCGAUUGCUCAUUGAAUCACUCAGACACUUUAGCUCAGAGAACAUCGCAAAAUACAGCACAUGGACAUCUCUUGAUGACAAAACACUGCCGAUAUUCGAGGAGAUCUGGCAUCAAGAGUUCUUCUACUCAGCUACUGCUGCUCAGGGACCGUCUUAUAUCUGUCCAAACACUGGUACCAAAUUAAAGGCUGCCAAGAGAGAUGUCGAUUUCUUCAUUUGCAACAAUAACAACGGUGUUGAUGAUAGUUUUGUUGACACUUGGGCAAUUAAGAUAAUAUCUAAUGGAGAAGAUAGACAAUAUUAUGUAGAUAGAAUGAAUUUAUUAUCGUCCGAUAGUAUCGAUUAUGACAACAAGCAGGCAACUCAAAGAAACCUUUCGGAUCCAUCAAAAUUUUCAUCCAUUCGACACAUGAUAAAUGAUUGGUUAGUUGUAGACUUCACUAUAGCAAGUAAUAUUCAGCUUCCUCCAACUCACGACGAGCAUCUUUUGAUCGUAGCAUAUAGCGAUGAUUUUAAAACAUUCACAAUCUAUGGAACAAACUUUGUUGAUUUAAACAUUUAUAAUAUAACCUUGAAUAAUAGUAUGAUUAUAAAUGAUAUUGCUUUAUUCUCAUUGUUGUUUGUUGCAUUGACAUGUUUAUCAGCAGUAAACUCAACAUUCAUUGUUGGAACAUGUGAUUCAAGCAAAUGUGGUGCUGGUCAAGUUUGUAUCUGUGAAGGUGGUGUCAGUCAUUGUGUUUUGUUGGAUCAAUGUCAUGAUGUUGCAAUCGUUCAAACAAUUGAACGUAGUUGGGUUGAGAAUGGUCAAUCAUUCACUUUAUACCGUGUUCACAUCUUCAACUAUGGUCCAAGAACCUUGAAGAACAUCGCCAUUCAAACUGAUUGCACUUUGGACCCACGUGACCAAAGCUCAGUUUGGAACAUCGAAUAUCACAAUGGAUUCUUCUCACUUCCAUCCUAUGGUCAAGGUAUUGCCACUGGUAGAGAAUUUGUCUUUGGAUACAUCGAUCGUGGAAUGCGUUCUCCAAAUCUCUUUAUCCGUGCUCUCCAAUAUUAA